AUGAAUCGUAAUAGAAUCAACCAGGUUGUUUCACCAGAAGCAAAAAACGAUGUUUUCCCACCUGCGAAUGGGAAAUACCGAUGGGGAUUGUUGGAGUUUGCUUUGUGUGACGGUGCCUAUCGAUGGUAUAAUUAUCAAAACACGAAAAACCUUUUCGCUCAAGAACAUGUGAAAGGGACCUGGUACAUUAGGGAUCCGAGAACCGGUGAUUUUGCGGAUUUUGAUUGGAAUAGACGAACAGCUUUGGAGCCGGAUGAGGAAGUUCCUGUUGCUGAACUGAACUUGGUUGAGUAUGUUUCACUGGAUCCCCAAAUCCCGAAAAGUCUCGACAAAUUUGGGCAAUUGGUCACCGGCUUCAAUUGUUAUGGGCAGCCAUUGGCUCCGAGGAAUGAAGCUGGCGAAUUGGUGUUUCCAUGUUCGACAGACUUGGUUCCAUUGUUUCCGAUGAAUCUUCAUUCGAAGGAUCAGGAUUUUCUGUAUGACGAAUAUGGGGUUCCAGUGACUCCUGUUAGCGCUAAUGGUCAAGCAAUACUGCCCUCCGAUAAGCAUGGGAUGCCAAUAUUUCCUACUGACGAUGCUGGAAAUAUCGUCUGGCCUGUAGAUGACCAGCAGCUACCCUAUCCGCCCUUAAACUAUCGUGGGGUGCCAUUUGUUAAAUUUGACGUGAACGGUUUCCCGAUUGUACCGUAUGACGACAAGGGGCUUCAGCUGGUGAUGUUCGACGCCCAAGGGGUCCCCAUUCGGCUAUCUGAAUUUCAAACAAAAUAUACAAAAUCGGAGGCCUAUCGCUGGGGCGGCGGGGAAUGCCCACCUCAUAUUGCCAUGCCUCUAAACGAUCUUAAGGCCGCCGGCUUAAUUCCUGAUCCCAAGAAUCCAAUUUCAUCAUAUUUGCCAGAGUAUUUGGAAGCCUUAAAGUUACCAACGCCCCCAAAAUUGGGUGGAGAUCAGAUCAACCAAGGUAGCGCCCCGGACAGAUUCCAUCUCCAAUAUCACUUCAUUAGCAACCAAUGGCAGUUGGAGAUCGAACGAAAGAAAGCAGAGCGUGAACGGUUAAGACGGGAAGAGUACGAAGAACAAGUGGCAGGACAGUUGGAAGAAGAGGAAAGAAAGAAACGACUUGCGCAUCUAUUAAAGGGAACUCCGUCAACUUUCUCUACUGCAACAGGGGACUCAGCACCCGCAUCUAUUCAUCUAUCCGCCGCCGACAAGCAAGCGCUGGCCGUCAAGCUUCACGAGGAACGACUGAAAGCUGAAAAACUGAAGUUCCUGCAGAGCUUAGAAGCAAAAGCCGAAGCAGCCAAGCCUAAGGAGCAGGAAGUCAAAGACCAACAAGAAUCUGCUGGGCACGUUGGAAUCAAAAAACUCGUUGAAGAACAGAUGAAAGCUGAAACUGGCAAUUCCGAAGAAUCACUUCAACUUGAUAAGAAGAAGCAGCUUCAAGAAGCCUUAAAGGCGAAGGCUCAGGCUGAGCCUCGUAACGUGCGCAGAUAUUUAAGCGGAACAGGCGAGGAAACGUAUGAAAGCAGCGAUGACGAAGCCCGGCCAAAAAAGAUGAUGCCUAAGAGCUACAAAAUGUUAUUACAAGCCGAACUGCUUGCUCCUGGUGCGAGGAAAAGCAGCAGCAAAACGAAUAAAGAAGAAAAGGAGCAUCAGAAGAAGCAUCGGCGUGAGAAGAAGCAUCGUGCGAAGAAGGAUAGGCGGCGGAGGAGCCGCUCCCAUUCACGACGGCGGCGUGACUCCAGUUGUUCAUCUUCAACUUCAUCUUCAUCGGAAACGCGCUCUUCAAGACGGAGACGGAAAGCCUCACCAGAGGAGCAUCGAGCACGGCCUAGUACUUCUAAGGAGGCUGCAGAUGCUGUGGGGCACGACAAAAGGGAGAGCUACGCGAGACGGCAAAAAACGCCUGAUUACGCCAGUAAAAGAGACGAAACUUCGAUGAUAGGUAUGCCCGGCGUCGAUAAGACAGAGAAGAAAGAAGCGGAAUUUAUGGAUGAGGAGGAACGAGUCCGUCAGAAACUACUAGCUAAAGUAGCUGAGCAGAAAGCUGCCGCUGAAAAGAAGAAGUUAGAUGAUUUGCCGAACAUCCCGGUAGCCGCAGUUCAUCCACAGCUGCCGGAUCACGCAGAACCCACUUUUCACUUGACGACAGAUGGAACCGGUGAUGAUGAUGACGAUGUGCAGAUAAUUAACAGUGGUGGUGGUGAGGAAGAACCUGUCGCAAUGCUGAAGCGGGUCGGCGAUAGAUAUUUGAACCAGAUGAGCACCUUCUUAGCGGAGAUGCGUAGGGAGCGCCAAUUGAUGGAAGGAGAGCGUCGGAAAUUUGAGAAAUUGCUAGAGAGCUCGAAAAAGCGAUCUGGGUCUGACUCCGAGCCUGAGCCGACAUCUAGAAGGGUGGUAGAUGAAAGCAGGCGUCGUUCUAAUGACAAUGCAACAACAAUCCAUGUCAACCCUCUCGUUUUGCAGCGACAAAAUCUGUCAAGCCGUGAUCAA